AAUUAUUGAGGUAAUUACUAAUAUUGGAAAGACAAAUUAUUUAUAUUUUUAUAAUUUUAUAUUUAUGGCAGUUUCGCAAUUAAAUAACGUCUUUAUAAAUUAACGAGAGCCACAUAAAUAGGCGUAAGCGGAAUUUUCCCGCCGGGAAAAUCACCGAUUUCACUUUCUCUUCUCACUCUCCCUCGUACCAAACCACCACAACCGCAACCCGUUCAUCGAAGACAAUGGCUGACGCGGCCGUCGGAGACAAAAAACAGUUCUGGCUUCUGAAGACGGAACCAGCGGAGUGGUCGUGGGCCGACCAAGCCGCGAACGGCGGCCGAACAAAGUGGGACGGCGUCAAGAACAAGCAAGCGCAGAAGCAUCUCAAGUCCAUGAAACUCGGCGACCACUGUUUCUUCUACCACUCCGGUGCUAAGGCCCGCCGCAUCGUCGGCGUGGUUUCCGUCGCACGGGAGUGGUAUUCGGAGGGCGAUGGCGGCGACGGUGUCGUCGACGUCGAGGAGGUCGGGGAAAUGAGAGAACCGGUGGAUUUGAAAGAGAUGAAGAAGGGGAUCGAAGGGAUGAAGGAUUUCGCGCUGUUUCGGCAACCGAGACUGUCGGUUGUGCCGGUAGCGAAGGAGAUUUGGGAGAAGAUCUGCGAAUUGGGAGGCGGAUUUGAAGGGGAUGGAACAGAUUGCCGCCAUGGGAAUGAGGAAUAGAGCUUGAAUUUGAAUGCUGCACGCAAGGUGUUUGUGAAUAUGCCGGCUUCAAUGGCGAAUCAGCUCGGCAAUUUGGUGGAAUCCAUAAAAUCCAAGGUGAAGGCACUGAGGAAGUCGAAGAAAUCGAAGAAGCCAUACAUAAAAAUUGACAAGAGCGCGAACGUCAAGAUUGAAAUCCGUAGCCGAAAAGCUUGAUUGUUAAUUGAUAAGACCUUGAAGGUCGCCGAUCGUCCUGGCGAUCGUACAGUUUCUUAGUCUCGUUGUGAUCUCUGCGCUUAUCGACUCUCAGGUUUAUAAUCGCUCUCUCUCGCUCGUUAUUUUCCCCUGUAGUCUUCGCGGAAUGUUCUGGUAUGUGAUGAUUUUGUUUUGGUUUGAUCGUGUAGCUACCGAUUCUGAGUUUCUCUUACAGAUUCAGAUAUGGAACCGUUUCGGAUAAAUAGCUCCGAUACCAAACAGAUAAUCAUGAAUAGCUCCGAUUCUGAGUUUCUUCUUCAUUAUCCUCAACAAAUCUCAAUCGCCAAUCGAUCUUCCUUAUUAGAUUUCUAUUGCUUGCAAUUCAUUUCAACUCUUCUAAAUUAGAAGAUUUUGAAACAGAACAGUUGCCUGAUUUGAUCGAAAGAACAACAUAAAAUAAAGGCCAUUCCCUGAAUCAUUCGAUUUUGAAAAAAAUUCCCAUUCAUAUUAACAUUGAAUUUUGGGCAUGUUA